CUUUCCCAUGAUGUAGCUGUUUGUGUGACUGGCAGCAGAGUCCAGGGGGACCCCAACGUUGCAGACCAAUUUGAUAAGCUGAAGGCAGACACCUUUCACAGAGAGCAUUGUCCUGGGGAUUGGAAGUUCUAGAAGUUCACUGUCCCCUCCAACUUCACCUCAAUCUUGACUGGGAUUAGCUUCAGUCAGCUGCUGUUCAUACAGGUGCUGAUGCCUCCCAUGCAUUUGGUUGUCUGGGAGCGAGUGGUAGAGCGGUGUAUACAGGAGGCAACAUUUUCCAAAGCACUCAAGUGCCUUAGGAGCCUAAGUCUUGUUCUCAAGUGAUGAGGCACAUGGGAUGUGCAGCGAGAUUGACUUGCAGUGAGAUUUGGGCCCCUAGAUGGCUAGAUAACUCUUGGUAAAUGGGACUUGGGCUUCUAAAGUCACUAAGGCACUCUUGAAAAUGUUACUGAGGGGAGGCAAGUCUUUAGAGGAACUCGUUAUCCAAGAAAAUGCAUUUGAAUGAAAGAGAAAUGAACCUCUAUGAUGAAACAAAAACACAGAGGCUCUGGCAACCCAACAGAAAGAGUCCUGCUCCCAAAAACUCCAUUCUGUUCGCUAUAGGUUCCUAUACCACCAUAGUGUCUGAGCACUGUCUCAGCAUGCAUUAAGUGAUGUGAGUAACAUGUGGGUUCGUUCUCUCUCCCGCCAGGGGUAACUGUCUGUGCACUGGUGUAUUUGGGUUUGAUAGGGAUUUUUUCACUGUUGUGUGGAGCCAGCAGGUCUCUGCAGCUGCUGUUGUAUCCCUACUAGGGGGAGAAGGGAGGUAUUUCCUUCUAGGUCAUACCACGUGCAUGAGAAGGGCAGGGAUUUCCUUCAUUCCCUCCCACCAGAGGAAGCAGUGAUCUCGAUAUCACCAUUUCUGACCUCAUCACUAGAGCUGGGUGGAAGCUUUAUCUGAAGACCCAAAGCACUUGCACACUGAGAUGGACAAGGAUCUCACAGGAGGAAGCCCCUGCAGCAUCUGUCUGUAAAGGAAGUACCAAGAGUACAGCUCCGGAACAAAGGAUAGAAGGCAGAAAUUGACUGUGUGGACUCUGGCAGCACUGCUGACCCAGCAGCUACUCGAGAGAGCAGAAUCCCUCUACAACUCUUGGCACCUCCUCCUGAGACAGAUGGCCAUGGCCAAGAAGAGGAUUGCAGUCAUCGGUGGUGGAUCCAGUGGAUUGUGCACCAUUAAAUGCUGUUUGGAUGAUGGGCUGGAGCCCACUUGCUUCGAGAGAAGUGAAGAUAUUGGGGGGCUCUGGAGGUUCAAGGAGAAUCCCGAAGAGGGCAGAGCCAGCAUCUACAAAUCUGUCAUCAUCAACACCUCCAAGGAGAUGAUGUGCUUCAGUGACUUUCCCAUCCCAGAUGAUUUCCCCAACUACAUGCACAACUCCAAAAUCAUGGCGUAUUUCCGCAUGUAUGCCGACCACUUCGAUCUUCUGAAAUACAUUCGUUUCAAGACCACUGUGGUCAGUGUGACAAAGCGCCCGGAUUUCUCCUCCACGGGCCAAUGGGACGUUGUCACGGAGUCCGAGGGGAAGCAGGAGUCGGCCGUCUUCGAUGGGAUCAUGGUAUGCAGUGGCCAUCACACCAACGCCCAUCUGCCACUGGACUCCUUCCCAGGGAUUGAAAAGUUCAAAGGCCGCUACUCCCACAGCCGGGAUUACAAGAACCCUCAGGAGUUCUCGGGGAAGAGAGUCAUUGUGAUCGGCAUUGGCAAUUCGGGAGGGGACCUGGCCGUGGAGCUCAGCCAUGAAGCUGAUCAGGUCUUCCUCAGCACCAGGCGUGGGGCGUGGGUGCUGAAUCGUGUUGCGGAGCAAGGGUACCCUGUGGACAUAGUGCUCUCCACCAGGUUUAAAGCCUUUUUCAAGAGGAUGUUGACUACAUCCAUGGUUAACCAAUGGGCGGAGAACAGAGCAAAUGCAAGAUUCAACCAUGCACACUACGGUCUAAGGCCUCAGCACAGGAUUAUGAGCCAGCACCCAACCAUCAACGACGACCUGCCAAACCGCAUCAUCUCUGGCAAAGUGCUGGUGAAACCGAACAUCAGGGAGUUCACUGAAACCGGCGCCAUCUUCGAAGAUGGCACCAGAGAGGAGGACAUUGAUGCAGUUUUCUUCGCUACAGGAUACAGCUUCUCUUUCCCCUUCCUCCAGGAUUGUGUCAAAGUGGUCGAAAACCAGGUCUCCCUGUAUAAAUUCAUCUUCCCUCCUCACCUGGAGAAGCCAACUCUGGCUUUCAUUGGCCUCAUCCAGCCACUGGGGGCCAUCAUGCCCCUUGCAGAACUCCAGAGUCGCUUGGCCACACAAGUGUUCAAGGGGCAGAUCAGGUUGCCCACAGCGAGCGACAUGAUGGUCAAUAUUACACAGAAGAAAGACGAAAUGUCAAAACGGUAUGUGAAAAGCCAGCGCCACACUAUCCAAGUGGAUUAUGUCGAAUACAUGGAUGAACUUGCCUGCCUGGUAGGAGUCAAGCCCAACCUGCUGUCUCUCUUCCUCACGGAUCCAAAGCUCGCCAUGGAAGUUUUCUUUGGCCCCUGCACGCCGUACCAAUACCGCCUGAGAGGGCCAGGGAAGUGGGAUGGAGCCAGGAAAGCCAUCCUGACUCAGAGAGAACGGAUCAUUAAACCUUUGAAAACCAGGGCAGUUGAAGAUUAUACUCACCACACCUCAAUGCCCUAUUUGUUUAAGAUAGUUGGUGCUGUUACUCUCUUUGCUAUAAUUUUUGCUUACUUUUAAAUGCUUGUUCUCUGCAUAGGAAAAAGAGAUUAAGUAAAAUGUGAUUAUCUGA